AUGGGAUCAAAUGGUGUUCAGGAAGGGACCUCUACUGGAAAUCAACUACCCACUCAAGUUCCUAUAGAUCUGACUAGUGUGUUCUAUGUUCAUCCAUCUAAAAGUGCUGGAUCCACAAUUAUUCCAGUCCUUUUCGAUGGAUCUGGGUAUCGUUCAUGGAGACGAGCUGUUCUUCGAGGACUGUCUGUAAAGAAUAAAACUGGGUUCAUAAACGGCAAGGUAUUGAAGCCACCUCUUGAUUCACCUGGUUUUGCUCAAUGGGAAAGGUGUGAUGAUAUGGUCACGUCUUGGAUUUUGAAUUCUCUGUCUAAGGAUCUCAGGGACAGUCUACAGUAUGUUGAUAAUGCAAAAGAACUUUGGGAUGAAUUGGUGGAGGACAGGAUAAAGAAGUUGUGGGAAGAGCUUAACACUUUGGACACCAAUUCACAAUGCACAUGUUUGUGCACAUGUGGUGGAAAGUCGAAGAUGCACAAAGCUGAACUUGACAGGAGACUAAUACAGUUCCUCAUGGGACUAAAUGGGGAAGAGAGACAAAGGGAAGUCAAACCUCAUAACAAACCUCAUAUGGACUCAAGCUUUUUUCAUGUGAAUGCCGCUAGCACUAGUUCUGGUUUCAGAACCAACUAUAAUCCUCAUAAAAACAAUGUGGGCACCAGCAGGCCCUCAAGCAAGUCAAAUCUCUUUUGUGAUUAUUGUAAAAAGACUGGUCACAUCAGAGAAAAGUGUUACAGGCUUCAUGGUUUCCCUCCAGAUUUUAAGUUCACCAAAGGUAGAAAUGCAAGAACAGCAGCUAAUGCAAAUGGUUUUUCUGAGGAUAUGUUGGGAGAUACUUUUGAGAAAGGUCAUGAUGUGGGAAAAGGCAAAGGAAAAUUGCAUGAACAGUGA